UUUGUUUGUUUACCACCCUCCUCUCGGUGCAUUAGUGUUAGUGAUUGUUGUUCACGUUUCAGAGAACGAAUGUUCCACGCGACCUGUCGACGAUUCGACCUUAUUUCGCCAUUCGCCUUCUUCGACCAGGAAAGUUCCGAAGACCUGAUUCACUGCCAAAAGAGGUGCUCGCCAUAGCUGCCCGUCCUUUCGUGGUGUGAGUGAACUCGCUGGCGGGAGGGGAAGCGCGACACAACGGAGAGGGGAGCCCGCCGACGGAGGCAGCGAUCGACGGCGGCAGCGGCGGCAGUUUCAGUUGUUGUGCGGUGUCGAGAGGAGGCCCUGUCGUGAGUGUCCGUUUCGCCCAAACUCAUUCUCUCAAAUCUCUCAAAUCCAGUGGGAAAAAAGAGUGAAAAGCGGUGCGGAACAAGUGCUUCUUGAUACUCACGUGCUUCGCUGCGAUUCAACGAUCAGCGUAAUAGAGAGCUCGCGGCCACUGCGAUGCCGAGUUGACCAUGUGCGCGCCCUUUAGGCACCCAUAAGGCAUGACUGGCCGACGCAUGGCCGACGACGACGACGAGCCCGGCCGGCCCCCCGGCCGCCGCCCUCGGGUGGCACCCCUAGUGCUCGCGGCCGCCACGAUCGCCCUGUUAGCAGGGCUCGGGCAACCCGCCGCCGCCCACCUGACCCCCAACACCGACAUCUCGCCCGCCAGGAAUCAAGGAAUUUGCAACAAAGGCAUUGACAUCCGCAACAACGUGCAGCACUUUGACCGUCUACGCGGUUGUAGGGUAGUCGAAGGCUCUGUGCAAAUCGUGCUGAUGGACAAGGCCAAAGACGAAACAGAGGACGAACUUUUCCGCAACAUUUCGUUCCCCGAGCUCCGCGAGAUCACCGGCUACCUGCUGCUGUACCGCGCGAAUGGCUUUCGCACCCUGUCGCGCCUCUUCCCCAACCUGUCGGUCAUCAGGGGCAACAUCCUCUUCUUCAACUACGCGCUCGUCAUCUACGAGAUGCGAAAUCUGCACGAGAUCGGACUGCACUCGCUCACACACAUCCUCCGUGGCUCGGUGUACAUUGAAAAGAACACCAACUUGUGCUAUGCCGACACCAUCGACUGGGACCUCAUUACCAAGGCUGAAAAUGUCGAACACAUCAUCAACGAUAACAAGGAGAGGAACGAGUGUCCCGGCUGUGCGGAGAAGAAGUGUCCUAUGUCGGCAGCCAAGAACGAACCCCUCUGCUGGAACAGGCAAUACUGCCAAAAAGCGUCCUCCACUUGUCCAGAGUCGGCUAACUGCAGCUCAAAGCAGUGCAAUGAAAAUGGAGUUUGCUGCCAUGAAAACUGCAUCGGCGGCUGCUUUGGCGAGGGCGCAGACAAGUGUGUUGCCUGCAAAAACGUCGUCUUCAAUGGAAAAUGCAUUUCAAAGUGUCCAGUUGGCACUUAUGAGUACAUGAACCAAAGGUGCAUAGAAGAGGCAGAAUGUCGAAAUAUUUCCAUCUCAGACACACCAGACUCAAUAACUUCCAAGUCAAUGAUUCCUUUCAACAACUCGUGCACACUGGAGUGCCCGCCGAACCACCAGGAGAUGAUGGUUGAGGGCAAGAAAGGCCUCGCAGUAUCAACUUGCAAACCCUGCUAUGGCUCUCAGUGCCGCAAAGAGUGCGAAGGAAUAAAUGUUGAGUCGAUCCAGACGGCGCAACGCUUGCGAGGCUGCACCUACAUCAAGGGUGGCUUGGAAAUCACCAUUCGAGGAGGAAAAAACAUUGUGCGUGAGCUGGAGGAGAAUCUGAACUCUAUUCGGGAGAUUGAGAACUACCUAAAGAUUGUGCGGUCAUUCCCACUGGUGUCGCUCAAUUUCUUGAGGAAUCUUACCAUCAUCCAUGGCAAAAAGCUUGAUCAGGACAAAUAUGCAAUCGUGAUUCGAGACAACACAAACCUGCAAGAACUAUGGGACUGGAGUCAUGGCAAAAAUCUCACUGUGUCUGAUGGAAGAUUGUUCUUCCACAACAACCCAAAAUUGUGCUUUAACAAAAUCGUUGAGUUAAAAGACAAAACAAACGCCCCUGACUUCACUGACACAGAGGUUGCACCCGACUCAAACGGCGAUAAAAUUGCUUGCAACGUGACCGAGCUGAAGGCAUAUGUGCAGAAAUAUGGCCCAGAAGGGGUGAUCUUGGCGUGGGAGUCUUACAAACACCACGAUCCAAGGGAAUUGCUUGGCUACGUCAUUUACUAUAUUGAGGCGCCGUCUAAGAAUAUCACAUUCUUCGAUGGAAGGGAUGCUUGCGGAAAUGACGGGUGGAUGGUGGAUGAUGAACCACCUUCACCCGACUCGGCUCAGGUCAACCAUCUGAUUGGACAUCUCAAGCCCUACACGCAAUACGCCUAUUACAUCAAGACCUACAUGCUUUCAUCUCGGCACUCCAAAGCCCAGGGCGCUCAAAGUCCACUGCAAUAUUUCCGUACCAAACCUGCAGUUCCAUCUGUACCUCGUAAUCUCAAGGCCACCUCAAACUCCAGCUCGGAGAUUGUUGUUCAGUGGAUGCCACCUUCUGAGCCUAAUGGAAACAUUACCCAUUACGUUAUAGAAGCCCAGCUGGAGGUGCAAGAGAAGAGCUACUUAGAACAACGGGACUACUGCAAGGAGAAAAUUUACUCGGUGCCUGAAAAGAAAACAACAGUGCCUCAGGUUUUGAAUCCGUUCACCAAAGAAGAUGAAAAAUCGUCCAAGUCUGGCACAUGCGCCUGCGAAAGUAAAAAGAGCCACCAAUCGGCGGAUGAGGGAGAAGUGCAGUACCAAAUCACAUUCGAAGACUACCUGCAUAACAAUAUCUACAUCAAGAGGCCAUCAACGGACAACAGACGUCGAAGGCGUGAAAUUUCCUCGUACCUCAGCCAAGGACAAUCUACUUUUGAACUGUCCAAGGACGCCACUCGGGGUGGUGAGUACCUCUUCCCUGAGUCUUCGGACAAGGGUGCCAAUGCAACACCACAGCCACCAGUCCAGCCUCAGAAUGUGAUGGAAAACGAUCGGUACAUAUACUACAGGACUGAGGUCAAGGACACCAUGAUUGUCCUCAAACAGCUCAAACACUUUGGUGCUUACACCAUCUCGGUGUCGGCCUGCAGAGAACAAGUGCCCAAUGAGACCAACCCCCAGCACUGCAGCACCAUGAGUAUGGUCAAUGCCAGAACCAACAAGCUUGAUAAUGCCGACAAUCUCGAUGCAUCCCGAAUUUUCCUUGAGGUGGUAAAUGCAACUCAGGAAUCAAAUGGGAGAGUCAGAGUCAAGUGGGAUGAGCCUGCCGAUCCUAACGGGAUCAUAGUGGCUUAUGUUUUGGAGUACAGAAGAGUUGAUUCAGAGUCUGUAAAGCCAUUUGAAGAGUGCAUCUCGAGACAAGAUUAUCAAACUGGAAUCAACUCUUACGUUAUUGGUGAUGCUCCGAGAAGUUUGCAGCCUGGCAAUUACAGCUUCAGAAUUAGAGCAACUUCCCUUGUUGGGCAAGGAGAACCGUCGCCAUACAAGUACUUUGUCAUCGAGAAACCAUCUUCAAAGCCAAGUCAGUUCUUCAUCCUGGUCAUUUUCAUCAUUGCCUGCCUGUUCAUCGUCGCAGUGUGGCUACUUCUGCAGAACCACCGCAAGAAGACCCAUCUGGCUAAUAUGAAAAUCAUUGCCACUGUCAAUCCAGAAUACGUCAGCACAAUUUAUGUUCCUGACGAGUGGGAGGUUCCAAGAAAGAAAAUUGAGUUCAUCAAGGAGCUUGGCCAGGGUUCAUUCGGAAUGGUAUACGAAGGAAUUGUGAGAGACAUUCAGGGCAAGUCAGAAGCCGCUUGCGCAGUUAAGACUGCUGGUGCUCAAGCCACCGAGCGAGAGAGGAUGGAGUUCCUAAAGGAGGCUUCCGUCAUGAAGGAGUUUAAAACUCAUCACGUGGUUCGACUGCUUGGAGUUGUUUCUCAAGGAUGUCCAGAACUGCCUGCGUUAGUCAUCAUGGAACUAAUGGCCAACGGGGACCUCAAGACAUACCUCAGGUCUCAUAGGCCAGAUGAAACAAAUAAUGAUCCUAACAUGAAACCCCCUACUCUCAAGAGGACCCUUCAGAUGGCAAUCGAAAUUGCUGAUGGAAUGGCUUACUUGGCAUUCAAAAAGUUUGUUCAUCGAGACUUAGCUGCCAGGAACUGCAUGGUGGCCGCAGAUAUGACUGUUAAAAUCGGCGACUUCGGCAUGACCAGAGACAUUUACGACACUGACUAUUACAGGAAAGACACGAAAGGGCUCUUGCCAGUUCGAUGGAUGGCGCCUGAGAGUCUUAAAGAUGGCAUUUUCACCAGUGCUUCGGAUGUGUGGAGUUAUGGAGUUGUGCUGUGGGAAAUGGCUACACUUGCCCUCCAGCCUUAUCAGGGCUUGUCCAAUGACCAGGUGUUGCGUUAUGUAAUCGACGGUGGCAUGAUGGAGCCGCCCGAGAACUGUCCGCAGCGCCUGUACGACCUAAUGAAGCUGUGCUGGCAGACAAAGCCCCAGAAGCGUCCAACCUUCCUGGAACUUGUGACCCGUCUGUUGGCAGACGUGGGUCCUGCGUUUGCCGAGGUCUCCUUUUACCACCAGCCUGACAACAAGGAGCUGCGAGACACUGCGGUGGCCUUGGUGAUUGCCAAGUCGAGGCCGCGCUCCGAGACGGUUCUGCUGCCGACCCGAGGGGACAUCGAAGACUUCCACCUGGGGCCGGACAGCGAGUCAGAGGACAACGAGGACGUGGGCGAGGCGGCCGCCCUGACGGCGCCACGCAACCCCUCUCCCCUCCGAAGCUACCCUGCCCUGAGUCGAAGUCCCGUGGAGCAGCGGCCGGCGGCCAACAACAACCAAGGCGACGCCAAAGUGGGCAACGGCGGAGGGACGGCGGCCAAUGGCUACCUCGGCCACCACCUCAACCACCGGCACAACCACGUGAACGCUUCGUCGUCGGCCGGAGAGCCGCACAAGACCACCGAGUGCUAACCUUUGUUCACCCGCGAGAACACCAACAAGACUCUGUGAGCGGCGGCCGCGCACGAUCUCGGCGUUCGCGCUUCCCUCUUUCGGAAUAAACAGGGAGGCGUGAGGAUAGUGCAUUUUACUGUGCGGCACGCUCGGACUUCGGAGCCCUAGUGGUGUUGGUUUCUCGCUGGGUGCGGCUAGAGAAUUGAACUGAUAAUUGAUUCUUGUUGUUGACUCGGUUUUAUUUAUUCUGAAUUUAAUCCGUAAUGGCAUCAAGUCACGUUGAAAGUCUGCAAUUUUAUUUAUUCUAAGUUUUUACUUUAGCUGUAAGAGUUAGACUAUUACUCUAUAUAUGAAUAUUAUCAUGGUAGACUCAAAUUUUGAUCGACCGAAUGAUUGCUUGCUGGGAGAGAUUUUCCGAGUGCAGGGUUGUUUGAUUUUCAUACCCGUGAGUGGUUUUCCGAUUAGAGCUGCGGUUAAUUGGAUAAGUUUAAAGGCCCAUUAGACCAUUGGUUGGAGCUUCUUAAUUUUCUUUUACCAAAGUCAUUUUUUUAGUCACAAUUCUCGUAGAUAAAUUUAGAUAAAUUUGAACACUUUAGUUUCUGAAUCUUGAAGUUUAAGUUGGAAUAAUUCCUUCAAUCAAAAGGUUUAAAUACGAGGGUCCUUUAAGUCACGCGUAUACUUGAAAUUGCCUCGAAUCGAGGAGUGCGGUUUGCUCUUUAGGAAACCACUCUGACAGCAACUACAACUCAGGUUACCAGAACCAACCGGGCGGCGCCUAUUCUUGCUCUGGUUUUACUCUCAUUCACAUUCUUUUCUGUAGUGUUGCAUCCGAAAUCGCGGACGGGGCCUCCGGAAAAUAUGGAAGUUGACCGCUGUGGCGACCGACAAUACUCAUUAAUAUUUUAGUUGUACAAACUUUUUCUGGUCGAGUCAUGGACUUGAAAUCUAGUAAUAUUAUUCAAAAAAUAAAAUACAACAUUCUGUCUCUCUCUUAUGACGCAAAACAGCAUUUUUCGGAGCAUUUACAAUCGUCAAAAGAUACAAUAAUUUUCAGCCACUGAAAAACGUUGCCACUCAUAUUAUUUUACUUUGUCUGAUUUUCUCUAUCAUAACCACAGCUCAGUGAUUUCCCUAAAAAAAUUGAAGACUCGGGGGCCCGCGUCUAUUAGACCAAGUGCUGAAAACUACACGCAAAGUUCCUCGGUUUUGUUACUCGUCUGACCAAAAUAAAUCGGAUGUAGGUGGUAGUAGUAUUAUUAAAUCCGCGCAUAUUACUUUAUUUCCGGGCGCCCUCUAAUAAAAAUCGAACUUGAAACACGAAUAAUAUGAAUAACUCUUGCCAUGGCCUAUUCGAAUAAGACGAGCAGCAGCACAAUAAUGAAAAGUUCUCUGCAAUACACUCACUCACUCUCACACACGCACUGUAUAGAAAAGAAAUGCACGAAAUAAAUUCUCGGCAGCUGUUGAUUUUUGAACUAAAAAGAAGUACGUACGAAGAAAAACCCCACAGUAUAGUCGUGGCCGAGUCGGCCGGCCGACGACAAGCUCAAAACACUCCAGACACACACGUAGCUGUAUUGAUUUGUGCCAAAAUUUCUCACCAAAAGAGCUUUUACCGCUAAAAACUUUUAUACAAAAACGGAGAGGGGAAACUGAAAAAUCUGCCCGACCGAGAGAUUAUCUAUCACUUUUGGGAAGCGAGUAAUUUUUUAUACGAGUGAAUUUUUAUAAAAAUCGAGGUAGUCGCGAAACUGUAGAGAAAAUUUCCCGAGCAGACACACGUGCAUUAUUACCACUUGAGAGAAACAAAAUAGGUCAAUGGCUCAUAAAUAGACAAACACAUGAACACAAUUCAAUUUGCUUUGGUCGUGGUAAAAUGACUGAUUAAAUUUUUUAAAUCCCAUAUGAUAUUUUGUUUGAAACUAUUGAAUAUGUUCAACUCUUUUUAUUAAUUCGUAUUGGCUAGAAAAAGAGUCAUUCUGCCACUUCUAUUCGCAGAAAAUCUUGCGUUGCUUCCGUUCAAAUUUGUACGAAGAUUUGCAAACGAGACAUUUGAGAACGAUAAUAAUUAAACAACCAGCCCGCAUCGUGAAAAAGCAAUGUGGAGCAAAAGAAGGGAUCAUUGAUGAGAAAUUGUUUUUCGGUGUCAUUCCAGCAUUACGAAUGAGGCAUAUCACGGUUGAUAGAAAGGUAACAAGCAGAGAGUCAAGAGACACAAUUUUUUCUCUGAUUGCGUAAUUGAAUUAAAUUUAAAAAUUUAUUGUCCACAUACAACAACAUCAACCUGAGAUGAGCAUUUUUUGUCUAACUUAAAAUUAAAUGUGAAUAAAAAAAAUAAUGAAACCCUAGGUGAAAUUAUGAUUAAAAACUGAUUAUUAAUAUAUUAUUUAAUUCUCGUUCGAAACCAUCAAGUAUAUUGAACUGGAACUUAAGCUGUAAGAUACACUUGUGUACCGCGCUCACAAAAUGAUGGAAAAUAUGAUACUUUAAUAUGAAACGCUUUAUAAUUUUUUUGUACGCACCAGAUGAUUUUUGCAGUUCAAACUCUCGAUUUUCCGCCCUGAUUGUUAAUUUUAUUUAUUACAUGCCUAUUUUUUUAUGGUUUUCCACGCGAUUCAAAUGUCAAUCAACCAAUUACUUACAUUGCUCUAUUUUUUUCCGUACACACAGGAGGCAGAUACACGAAGAAACAGCAACAGACAGAGUGUAAUAGAAGACUUGUUUUAACUUUAAAUGUAAUAAUAUACAAUUAUUUAUUUAUUGAGCAGAACGAGAUAGAAAAUCGCUAUGGUGAGAUGUGACAACUGAUCAAUGCAUUGAAAGAAAACACAUGUAUACCAAAUAGAAAAUUGUAAAUAAAGAAAAUAAUCCUUACAAAGUUCUGAAUUAAAAUAAACUA